AUGUCGCGACUCCUUCUGGCGGUGGCGAUGGCUGGAUGGGUAGGAGGAGGUCUGGGGAUGAGGAGAGAGGAAGCGAUAGAGAGGGAGGAGAUGGUGAUUCAAGCCGUCCGGCCAGGAAGGGAGGAGAGUCUGCAGGACAUGAAGGCGAAGGUAUAUAUGAAGAUGCAGGGUAUGGCCAGGGCAAAGUCCGCUGUGAUGGCGAGGGAGGCGAAGAAACCGAGGCGCGAGCAUGGAUUGUCUUCAGCUCUUGAGUCCAUGGAGCUGCUGAUGAAGAAGUUUGUAGAUGAUAGGGACUCUUUCAGGAGGGACUCUUUCAGCAAGGGGACGUGGACCAAACGGCACAAGGGGCGCGAUCGGCACCAUGAGACGCUUCCUGGCCCUGAGUGGAGCUUCGUACCGGAGUACAUAGGUUCUCUCCGACCAGGAGGAGGAGGGAUCCAUUGGACGGGGAACUGCUUCAACGAAACCUCCUCCGAGGUCAACAUGGACCCCCUGCACAACGUAAAGGUCACCGUUGAGAUGCACUCCCCGGUAGCCAUCUUCUGCGAGGACGCGUACUUCAUCGCGACCCCCUUCCGGUACGACCUUGUGGAUUUCCUUCUGCACGGCAAGUACGAGAUCAACUGGGGAAAGAUGGAGGGAGAGGAGCUGGAAGACAUGACUGCCAACGGGGUACGGAUCUUCCGACUACCGCAGUCCGUAGCGAGGACCAUUGUUGACACAUGGGAGACGCUGCAGCUGUUUCUCGGCGCCUUGACGGGAGGACCUGGCGUUCCUCGCAGUGUAGCAGACAAGAACCUCAACUUUCUGAGCAAGUAUGCCAACUACCAGAUGCGACCGACUGCUAGCUUGGCGACCGUCGACCCAUCGCGCAUGCGCAGCGGCGACAUGAUCGGGGUUGUGCGCCUGGACGGGCUGGACCCGCUGAUCAUGUGGGGGACGGGAUCACAUCUCGGACACACGGCGAUCCUGAUGAGAGGAGGCAACGGGAGCUUGUACGUGUGCGAGUCACAGUCGAAGAGCAACUACUGGCCGAAGGACUCGAUCCAGCGGACUGAGUGGUCGCAGUGGGUGGAGUGGGCGAAGAAGGCGAGCUACAACGUGGUGUGGAUGCCCCUGCGGGACGACGUGCGGGAGAAGUUCGACGAGGCGUCUGCGAUGAAGGAGUUCGAGCAGCUGGAGGUCUGA